CAGACAGAUUACAGCGAGUCGUUGGAUCACGGCGAGCGUUUCAAACUUUCAAUGGCUUGCGAUUUAACGCUUCGAUCUCGCGGCCGCUCCGCGUUACACACGAGCAGAUAAACGGUAGCUUAAUUUUGUCGUGAGACUGAAUCGUUCCUACGCAGUGACCUUUCGGAGCGUGAAUGCAGAAUUUCGCGUAGGAGUCUCAGUGCGCGCAGUGAAGGUUUUGCUUUCUGCCUGUUUUCCUUCGUCGCUAAAUGGAGUCUCGGGUGGAAUUCAGUCGUGAGGAGAUCAACAGUACGGUAUGGGAAGUCCCAGCAAAGUACGUUUGCUUGAAACAGAUCGGAACGGGAGCAUAUGGCAGCGUUUGCUCGUCCAUCAACAACAAAACCAAAGAGAAGGUGGCCAUUAAGAAGCUGCACCGACCAUUUCAAUCUGAGAUCUUUGCCAAGAGAGCAUACCGUGAAUUGAGACUGCUGAAGCAUAUGAAACAUGAAAAUGUAAUAGGCUUACUAGACGUCUUCACUCCUGCCACCAGACUGGACGAAUUCCAAGACUUCUACCUGGUGAUGCCGUACAUGUACACCGAUCUCUCUAAAGUCAAGGGCCUUCUUACAGAAGAUCGUAUCCAGUUCUUGGUCUAUCAGAUGCUGUGCGGACUAAAGUACAUUCAUGGCGCUGGCAUCAUUCACAGAGACCUCAAACCAGGAAACUUGGCUGUUAAUCAAGACUGCGAGCUGAAGAUCUUGGAUUUUGGCCUGGCACGUCAUACAGAUGCUGAGAUGACGGGUUAUGUGGUGACGCGGUGGUAUCGAGCCCCGGAGGUCAUUCUGAACUGGAUGCACUACACGCAGACAGUGGAUAUCUGGUCGGUUGGGUGCAUCAUGGGUGAAAUGUUCAAUGGAAAAACACUCUUUAAAGGAAAAGACUACAUGGAUCAGCUGACUCAGAUAAUGAAAGUAGCUGGAACACCAGGCCCAGAAUUCGUGGAGAAACUGGAAAGCCCAGAGGCAAAGAGUUAUGUCAGAUCCCUGCCCCACUACCCACACAGAGAUUUCUCCACAUUGUUUCCCAGAGCCAGUAAAAAAGCGGUAGAGCUGCUUGAGAAGAUGCUGGUGUUAGAUGCUGAUGCCCGUCUCACUGCUGAUGGUGCAUUGGCUCACAGUUAUUUUGAUGGUCUGAGAGAUCCAGAUGACUGGCCGGAGCCUACUUCAUAUGAUGACAGCUACGACAAUGCCACAUUGCCCUUAGAAGAGUGGAAACGUUUAUCGUUUAAAGAAGUGAGAAGCUUUGUUCCUUUCCCAAGAAGGGACUCAAAGAGAAGAAACACACUCACAAUGUCCUAGUGAUAGUGGGUCUGAUGCAGACACCGUACUGUAUUGCAAUUAUACAAUUUAGUUUAUGCCUUGGGACAAUUUUUAUGCUUAUUCACUCCAAAUGUAAAAGUACAGUUAAAAGUCAUAAUUAUUAGCCCUCCUGUGAAUUUUCUUUCCUCCAAUUAUUUCCUAAAUGGUGUUUAGCAGAACAGGGAAUUUUUCACAGUAUUUGUUAUAAUAUUUUUUUCUUCUGGAAAAAGUCUUAUGUUUUAUUUUGGCUAGAAUAAAAGCAGGUUUAAUUAAAAAAAAAAAACAUUUUAAGGUCAAUAUUAUUAGCCCCCUUCAGCAAUAUUUUUUGAUUGGCUAGGCAAGGCAAGGCAAGGCUACAGAACAAACAAUCACUAAUUACUCUUUAAACUUGCCUAGUUAACCUAGUUAAGCCUUUAAAUGUCACUUUAAGCCGUAUAGAAGUGUCCUUAAAAAUAUCUAGUCAAAUAUUAUGUGCUGUCAUCAUGGCAAGGAUAAAAGAAAUCAGUUAUUAGAGAUGAGUUAUUAAAACUAUUAUGUUUAGAAAUGUGCUGAAAAAAUCUUUCUGUUAAACAGAAAUUGGGGAAAUAGUAUUCAGGGGGCUAAUAAUUCUGACUUUAACUGUAUAUGAAUAGCAGUAUUUUGUACAAAAACCCCAGUGUUUCAGGAAUACACUCUUAAAAACAAAGGUCCCAUAAAAGAACCAUUUUAAUUCCUGUGAGUAGUGUUAAGUGCAUUUUAAGAAUCAAAAAAAGCCUUUUCUACCAUAAAGCACCUUUUGUGCGGUGAAACCAUUCCAAUACCAUGCCAAUAAAGAACCUUUAUUUUUAUGAGUUUAUAUCUGAGCAAUCUGGUGAGCAGUUUAUUUUGAUGUAGUGGUAACUGUCCUACAUUUAUUGCCAAGUGCGGGGCACAUUAAAGGGAUAAUUUGCUCACCCUUACACCAUUUACUCAUAAUUUACUUCAUCCCUGUGCCAUCCCUGUGCCAUUUCAGACUUUCAGACGGGCUUUAUUCAGUGUUCUAAAGUCAUAGAGUUGCUUGAAUGAGAACAAAACAAACCUGUAAAUUUUCUUUCUUCAAAAAAAAUUUCCCUUCAUAUUUUCCUGAAAACAUGCUUCACGUAUUCAGAGGGUGAUAGAAUGAUAACACUGUUUCUUUUCAUUAUUAAACUGUCCUUAAGGUGUUGUCAAGAUAAAAUGCUCUGAAGAGGACAGCCAUUAUAAUGUCAUGUAUUUUACUGUUGUGGGAAUUAAUGUUCAAGUAUUUCACAUCAGUGUGUUGGUCAAAUGGAAUUUUUAUAGAAAACAUGUAUAUACUUUUAUUCAAGGAUUCAAGGAUGUUACAUUAAUCAAUUCAUAAAUGUUAUAUACACAUCUACAAAAAUAGAAAAGAUGUUCUUUAUGGUAAUUAUUGUACAGUAUUGUUUUUACUGUAUUUUUGAUUCAAUAAAUGCAAUCUUGGUGAACAAAAAA